CGAUGCAAAAAUCAAAAAAUUAAAUCAACUCCAAGGUUCAUACACACACUUCACGAUAAGGAAUGUCAACCGAAAAUGGAUGUCAUAUUCGUGUUGGACACAUCGGGCAGUAUCGAGCAAGUCUAUGCCGAGCACAUCAGAUGGACACUGGCCCUGGUGGACGCACUGCCGGUGAAUCGAGAUCGUGUGCGUAUUGCAGCCAUCCAAUACGCUGGUUUUCCGUUAACCGAGUUCGCACUCGGCACCUACUUCUCGGCCAACGAUAUCAGACAGCAUCUGUCACAGAUCACAUUCCAGUCCGGUGUGACACGUACCGGUUAUGCGCUCAGGAAGGCCGACUCGGAACUGUUUCGUGAGCAACGUGGAGCAAGAGCGAACGCCACCAAAAUAAUCGUCCUGUUCACGGACGGUCUCUCCAUUGAUGAUCCACUGAAGCCGGCACAUCAGCUUCGUGAUGUUAAAAACGUUAAGAUUUAUGUGGUGAGCGUUGGCUCGGAUGGUUUCGAGCCCGAAAUGAAUCGUAUCGCUGGCGAUAAACGCAACAAACCACCUUCAGAUGUGAAAGAGGAAUUCAAGCGAAAUCAACUCACAACAACACAACAGCAUAAUAGUGAAGAAGACUCAAGUGUUAAGAAUACCUUACAUAACAAAACUAAAAAUGCUGUCAGUUCAAAAAAAGCGCUCAAGAUGGAGUCAUCAUCGAAUGCAAGUCAGCUUAAUUCAACCGUUGAAGAGAUGAAUGCAUUCUCAAGCUUCUCACUAGCAUCAACUCAGCAACAACAAAAAAAUUCCAAGUCAGCAGCACAACGAGACGAUGAAAGCAGCGGCGGCGACUCCAAGGAAUCUCUUGAAGUAACCAGCACAGCCACACCAUUAUCUUCCGAGUCUUCGGAAGAUCUUCCGAGUCAAGAUCACAGCAAAUCAUCCGAUCGAGCAAUUCAAUCCGCAUCUAAAUCUAAAUCUGCACUUUCAUCAUCACAAUCUAGCAGCAACACUCGUACUAACAGCAGCAGUAGCAGCAGAGAGUCGAUCGGCUCUGAGGAUGAAGCAGCAGAAGAUCAGCUAGUGAAUGCGAAUGAAAACGCUGAGAAGUUGCUGAAUAAAACAGAUGAAAAUGAGCAGCAGCAGCAGCAGCAGCAGCAACAGCAAAAGAAAUCAUCACAACGAAUCACAACCAAUAUCAAUACUGCUCACCGUAAUGCCAAUGAUAACGAUGAUAAUAAUGGCGAUAAUGAUAAUCGUCAGCAGUCAUCGUCUAGCACUCUCAACAAUCCAUCUUCUUCAGCCUUAGCAUCAUCAUCAUCCACAUCGAAAUCAAGCAAUUCUUCCUCCAAAGCCGCCGCACAAUCAGCCAAAUCCCACUCGUCAAGCAAGCAACAAUUAUCACUGAAAUCAAAAUCGAGCAGCAUGAUCAAAUCGGCUUCUGCAGCAGCAUCGAAACAUACAAAUACUGUAACGGCGGCGUUAAAUUCGCUCAAAAAAAGCAAUUCAAAGUCAGCCGAAGCAGCAGCAUCAGCUAUCAAUAAACAAUCUCAGCUCGAAACACAAACCAAACUCGAACACUUACUUACAAGUCAUGAGACUAAAAACAUUCAUAAAAUAACAACAAACACAAUUCCAACUGAAAAAAAUACGCAGAAAAGUUCCGAAGAAGACGAAGUCGAAGCCUCCUCAACGGCACCAUUUAUCGAGUCAGCUGAACAGACGGAUGAUGAAUCGUCAAAUAUCAAUGAAUCCUCAAUUCAAGGCUCACAAGGUGCUUCACCUUCUCAAGCGCAUUCCACACCACACUCAAUUGCUCACCACCACUCAAAGCAGCAAAAACAGAAACAAUCCAAAUCAAAACCUCAAAAACAAGCCAAUGAAGCCAGUAAUCAAGCAGUAGCUGCUACUAUACAUCGAGCAUCAUCCACUCCUCGCGUACCGUCGUCAAGUGUAGUAUGCCCAUUGGAUUUUCUCUUCAUAGUUGAUAGUUCUGGAUCAGUGCAAUCAAUUUAUUACAAACAAAAACAAUAUCUUACAUCAAUUUUAAGUGAAAUUCAGGUUGGCGAACAGAGAGUAGCGCUGUUGCAAUUUGCGGGUGGAUCACAUCAAAAAACCGAAUGGACUUUUGAUACAUUCCAUGACGGUGAAGCUGUAAUGGAAGCGUUCGCGAACGUCCGGCAUUUCACUGGUAAUUCGUCGUUCCAUAAUCAACUCCACAAUUCAGGUACCACUUACAUCGGCCGUGCUCUAGAGGCCUCAUUCGAUUUGCUGCAGUUACGCCGAAACUCUGUUCCAACCAUCGUUGUACUGCUUAGUGACGGAUUCUCACAAGACGAUGCCACCGAGCCAGCCGAACGUAUCAGACGUCUAGCGAAUGUGGAUUUCUAUACUGUGAGCAUUUCGGAUUUGAUUUUAUUUGAUCGUUGA